CCUCCUCUUGAUACCUCCUCCCACUUUUAGUUAGUCCGCGAGGAAGUCGCAAGAUGGCCGACGUCGCUUGAAAGUAUGUUCCUCUCCUCAACAUGAAGUCGUGAGUGAGAAAGAGAGCGAGGGAGACAAAGUUGGGGUUUUAUUUUUAUUUUAUUUUAGUUAUUUUACUUUAUUUUUUCUUAAUCACCCAUCUCAUUCCGCAUCGCGUCUGCCCCCAAUUUGUCUUUGCUAGCGAGCUAGUUGACGCGUCAAUCACGCCGGGACCUUAGCUAGCUAACCAGCUAAGUUAGCUAGCUAGUUUGUUACUAGCUGAAGGCAUUUACCUAACGUUAGCUAGUCAGCCUUCAACAUCAUCGUUGUCGAUACACAAAUGGUUAAAUAGUUUUCUUUAAUAUCAAGAUUAUCGUACUAUUGUAAACGACUCAGCUAUGUUUGGGAACAAAUGCGUAUAAAUUGCUUUUCAAAUGUGUGACCAGUUUGCUAGCAAGUGGGAUUAUAUUUGUGGUGUUUGAGACAUUGUCGAAACUAGCUAGCUUGCGCGCCGUUACUAGUUAUUGUAACACUGUUGUGCAAGUUUGUAUUUGUUCGGCUAGCAACACUGUAAUUGAUCGAACAAGUUUAAUCUGGUAGUUGUGCUAUAGUCGUUCUGGCAGCCCACCAAAAUAUAUCGAAAGGAAUGGACACACCAUUGCACUCUUACGACCAAAUUUGAAAAAUUGCUACAGUUAUUCAGCUGUAGUUGGCAAGGUACUGGUCAACGUGUAACUGGCUGUCAAGUUUUGUGACAUAGUUUGCAAAUCGUCGUAAAGGUAUUCUUUGAAGAAGACAAGCAUUACUACGUCGGUUACUGCAUCUCCCACUUCACUUUGCACGACCGCACAUUUGAUCGCUUGCACAGAAUUUAAGUAAACAUUGCAAUGGGAAUUCAAGGUUUCCAGGAGUAUCUGGAGAAGCGUUGCCCAGGCGCUGCUGUUCCCGUAGACCUCCUUAAACUCGCCCGAACAGCAGCCCGGCAACCCCCUCACCACCACCAUCACCACCACCAUCCCCAUCACCCAAGCUCUCUGCCUCCGCCACCCCCGCCAGCUCGGAUUCUGGUGGAUGCCGACUCUGGCCUGCAACGUCUGUACGGCGGUUAUCAGACAGAUUGGGUAUGUGGAGGCGAGUGGAACGCGAUGCUCGGUUAUCUGGCGGCUCUCUCGCAGGCCUGCUUGUAUCAGGGAGGCCUGGAGCUGGUAGUGAUUUUCAACGGCACACUUGGAAAAGAUCGCUGGCCGGAGUGGGCGCGGCGGUCGCAGGGGCAGCGGCAGACUGCGCAGCUCAUUGUCAACCACGUCGGCAGCAAGGCCACGCCGCCUCCGCGGGCCUGGUUCCUGCCCCCGGCCUGCCUUAGCCACUGUGUCCGCCUCGCCAUGUUCCGCUUCCGUGUGCGGGUGGUUCAGACUUUGGAGGACCACCAUCAGGAGGUGCUGUCUCUGUACAGGGAUUACGGUUUCCACGGCCUGAUCGCACAGGACUCUGAGUUUGCUCUAUGCAACAUCCCAGCCUACUUCAGCUCACACGCCCUCAAGCUGUCCUGGAACGGCAAGAACCUGACCACUCACCAGUACCUGCUGUCAGAGGCUGCCAGGCAGCUCGGCCUCAAGACCCAGCAUCUGCCAAUGUUUGCUGCUUUGCUCGGUAACCACAUUUUGCCAGAUGAGGACUUAGCUGCCUUUCAUUGGAGUCUGCUGGGCCCAGAACACCCUCUUGCCUCUCUCAAGGUGAGGGCUCACCAGUUGGUUCUCCCGCCUUGUGAAGUUGUGAUCAAGGCUGUGUCAGAGUAUGUAGCUUCCAUCAAAGACCUAGGGAAUCUGGAUGCUGUGGCUAGGGAUGUGUUCAAGCAGUCCCAGUCCCGAACUGAGGAUAAGAUCGAGCGCUUUAAGAAGGCAGUGGAGUACUUCUCAAUGGCCAGUAAACCCAGACCUCCUUCAAUGGGACCAUGUCCUUACCCCUUCCCAGGCUUCGGACCUGGUCAGUUUGGUGGGCCUCCUGGCCACAUGGGGGGCAUGCCGCCUGGAAAACCCCCGUUUGGCCCGCCUCCGAUGCCGGGUGUCAAGAUGCCUUAUCCCGGGGCGCCCUACGGACCUGGUUCUGGACCCGCCCUGCUAUUCCAGAACCCGCCUCCCCCUCUACAAGACUGUAACGAUUCGCUAGUUGGGAAAAUGGGCUUUUCUGAUUGGUCAGCUCCUUAUGAUUCCACUCAAGGUGGCAGCAGACUGCCGAAUCACCACACAGCUGCUCCCUCGGGCACCUCCCCCUCUCCGUCGUCCUCCUCGGACGGGGAGGAGCCAAACGACACCAGCACAAAUCAUUUAGCGGACAAAGGCUCCAGGUGGGAGGAAUCCUCUGGACGUGGGGGCGGGGCUUCAGGUGACGGUCCCCACGGCAACGGGAGCGGGCCUUCUAUUCCCUCGCUGCUCUCCAUGGCGACACGCAGUCACAUGGACAUCACCACGCCCCCCCUGCCGCAGGUCAGUGCGGAGGUGCUGAGGGUGGCGGAACACAGGCACCGGAGGGGACUCAUGUACCCCCAGAUCUACCACAUCCUCACCAAGGGGGAGAUGAAGAUGCCGGUGUGUAUCGAGGACGAGUGCAACCCCGACCUGCCUCCUGCCUCGCUGCUGUUCCGCUCGGCCCGGCAGUAUGCCUACGGUGUGCUCUUCAGCCUGGCCGAGACCCAGCGGCGGGCCGAGAGGCUGGCCAUGCGCAAACGCGCCCCAGUGGAAGUGCCCCCGGUGAUCGUGAAGGAGUGGUGCGCCAGCAAAGCCAAGUCAGCCUUGACCCCGGAGCUGGUCCCGGCGCUGUGCUUCCGCGAGUGGACCUGCCCCAACCUGCGGCGCCUGUGGCUGGGCCGGGCCUCGGAGGACCGGAGCCGCCGCACGCGUGCCUUCCUGGCCUGCAUGCGCUCCGACUGCCCCGCCCUGCUCAGCCCCGCCCUCGUGCCCUCUCACCUGCUGCUCAUGUGCUGCGUGCUCAGGUACAUGAUGCAGUGGCCAGGGGGAAGGAUCCUGCAGAGACACGAGCUGGACGCCUUUCUGUCCCAGGCUGUCUCCAACCAGCUUUACGAACCAGAUCAGCUCCAGGAACUCAAGGUGGAGAAGGUGGACAACCGCGGAGUGCAGCUGGCCUCGCUGUUCAUGAGUGGCGUGGACACGGCCCUGUUCGUCAACGACGUGUGCGGGCAGCCGUUGCCAUGGGAGCACUGCUGCCCCUGGGGCUUCUUCGACGGGAAGCUGUUCCAGAGCAAACUAGCGCGCGCCACGCGGGACAGAGCCGCCCUGCUGGACAUGUGCGAGGGUCAGGAGGAGUUGGUUUCACGGGUGGAGAAGAUGCGUCAGGCCAUCUUGGAGGGCAUCAACCUGUCCCGGCCCCCUCCCCCUCCCCCGCCUAUGCCCCCUCCCGCCUUCCUGCCCCCCACCAUGGUGCCCCCUUUCUACCCCAUGCACCACCACAUGUACCCCCCUCGCCCCCUGGGUGCCAUGCCCCCUCCACACCACCCUCACCAUCCACACCAGCACAGGCCUCGCGCUUUCCCAGGUAUCCAGUCCAUACCCCCCCAGGGGGGCAAGUUGGAGAUAGCGGGCAUGGUUGUGGGUCAGUGGGCUGGGAACAAACCAGUGCGUGGAAGAGGGGGGUUCAACAUGCAGGUGGUGUCGGUUGGAGGAGGAGGAAAAGGGAGGGGUAAAGAGAUCACGCCAAAAGGAAGGGGGGGGAAGAAGCCACCCACCACCAGCAGAACACAGACCCUGUCAUCAUCAUCGCCACCCCCCGGUAGUCCCCCGAAGCUGACGGAGGAGGAGGACGACGACAAGGAGGAGGAGCCAUUAUUGCCCCCCGGCGGACCUGCGGACGAUGCAGAGGGGGGGGCACCCCAGCAGCUGAAUGGCAGCUCCCCAGGAACCACCGUUGGAACCCAGCCCCUGGACCGGCCACCUCUGGCCCAGCCAAUCCAGUGUGCCUUAGCCAGUAGAGACAACAACCAAUCAGGAGAUGGGGUUGAGGUAGAGGCCCCUUGUUGCCUUGACGACUGCCCGUCUGAGGGUGCACUACAGAAAGAGGAGUAAACAAAAAGAAAAAAAAAGAAAAGAUAACGUAACGAAAGCGAGCGACAGCCAAGGAGAGAGUGAUGCGUGUUAGACUGCCUUUCCUUGCAAAAAUCCUAAAAUCCGAGGGGCCGCAGUAGUCACUUUUAAUUUCCCUUUUUUUUUCGGUUUUAUUUAUGAUGCUACGUUCGCUGGAGUCCACCACACAUUGGGGUUUUGAAGGAACGAGGAGUGGGCCACCUGCCACCUGUUUAUCCAGCGAUUUGGUUUCCUUGCUAAGCAGUGCUGUCCCCCCACAAGACCUUCACACGCAUUGUGCUCUGAAUUGUACAGCCUUGGGAGACGUCCUCUGCAACACCCCCCCCCCCCCACACACACACACACACACACACACACACCCCACACCCCCUGCCACCGCAUCAGUGUGCUCGCAUUGUGACCAGCUCGCAAUUUAUUACUUUUUUUUGUAAUGCUUGUUAAGUUCCCUUAACAUUGUAGACAAGUCACUGUCAAGUUUCAAGCGUACCGUUGCCUGAAAAGGCUACAGUUGCCCCCUUUUUACCCAAAGCAUUGUGUGUGUUUUUUUUUUUUUUUUUUAAUUGUGGGUGUCUUUCUAAAAAGAAAAAAAAGAAAAACUCACCCACUAAGGAAAUUGCCACGUGAAGUCUAAAGUGCAUUGUUAAAACGUUCUUGCUUAGAGCGGUACAGGACUUGCAAUUUAUAUCGAUUUAUAUCCGCUUUUGUGCUGCACGAGCAAGAAUCGCUCCCAGUUGGUCGCCUCCUCUCUGUCUCAGCCUGCACUGUGGACUAGUGUAAGUGACCCUCUGCUGGCUGCUCUGAGUUGGUCAAGCAUAGUGUGUCAUUCCUCCGUCACCCUGUGUGUGUUCGUGUGUGUGCUGCUGUACAUUCCAACUCAGAGGCCAGUCCCGUUCGUAGGGUAUCUGAUGUGCUAUUGAUCACGGAGGUCAUCUUUGACAGAGAGACUAGAUUAGGGAUCGGGUUUGGGGUGGGAAAAGCACUACAAGCCCCGUCCUUUUAUAUCCCCUCUGAGCAGCCGCCCUGGGGACAAUCCUCCUCUCUGUGUUGUUGUUUUUGUUUUUUAUUUGAUUUGAUUUUGUUGUUUUCUUCUUCCCUUUGCCUAGCGUUGCACUGCCACAGCCCUGGAGCACUUUGGCUGGUACCAACUCUGUGCGCUGCUCUUAAUGGAGAAACAACAGAAUCCAAAAGAAACAGAGAAAGCACCUUAUGGCACCCCCCAAAAAAUAUAUAUAUAUAUAUGAAUUAUGCAAGCCCCCGGCCCCCCGAAAUCCAAUAUUAUUUCAAAUUGCUGUUCCCCAAAAGAAAAGAUUGAAUGAUUGUAUGUUAACAUAUAAUGGCACUUAUUAUUUAUUUAUUGUGUGAAUUAGGACUGUACAGAUGCUUUAAAAUUCUUUAAAAGAGCCCCCCAGCCAUUUGCUAGUGAGUGUCGUUUGACAGGCCGACGGCCCCCCCCCCCCCCCGCCCCCCUCAAGGUUUUUUGACAGUCAGACUGUCCAGAAACGAAUCCCCUUCCGCCCCCCCAACCCACUCCGUCGUGUCUGCAUGACGUGUGCAUGUAGUCUGACCCAUUUGAAUGUGAGAACAGAGCGUAAGCCAAGAAGCCUAGCUUUGUUUUAAAACCCGUCAACAACUCCUCCCUCCUGUGUAAUUCUCCGAUCUGGCUUAACCAACAAAACAAACAACAAACAAACAAACAAACAAACAAACAAACAUUUGGAGGCGUCUAUGAGUUAGAGGAGAACCACAGUGGAGACGGAAAUUUAAAUUAAAAAAAAAAUUAUAUCCAUUCGAUGUCAUUGUAGUUAUGUAAGUGUAUAGAAUACAUAGAUUUAUAUAUAUAUGUACACCCAGUGUGUGAGGCAUGGCAGUGCUCUCAUAUGAUGUAGUGGAGUCAUUUUUAUCAAUGGUUGGGAAUACAAAGUGCCCCUCUUGAUCCGUUUAGAGGCCCCAUCCGGAGAAUCACUUGUGUUUUGCCAAUGACACACCAUCUGCAAUCCGUUGACUCUCUUUCUUUUGCCCGUCAGUCAGCGCUUGAUUUAAAAAAACAAAACGAAAAAAAAAAAAAAAAAAUAUUACAAAAUUAAGAUGAAAGUACUCAAAGUGACGUUUGUGAUAUUUUUAUUUUCAUCGCCGUUGAAACGACUUCCCCUGUGCUUGUGCCUCUCCAUACUCUCGUGACCAUGCGCUGUAGCUCAAAAACAAGUCCGAAAACAAAGCACUUAAACUAAAGCUAAACAUUAAAACCCUAGACACUUUUAGUCCUUUUUGGGGAUGUGCCCUCCUUGGCAGAAAAGAAACGUUUUUACUUAAUUAACAUCCCUUGGUUUAAUGGAUUUUUUGAUGUUCUUUUUGUUUAUUGUUGAGUGUAGAAACAAAAGGAGCAGACCUACAUUAUGAUUUGGAAAGUCACUUUAAGCGGACAUAUAUCAGUGGAUUUUAGAAAGGUAUCUAUCAAGUAUGCAGCAUGUAGUAUAAUCCCCCGGUGAAUUAAACAUAAAAUAAACAAAUUCGCAGAAAGGCAAGUCACUGACAAGCACCUUAUCUUGUUACAAUAUUAAAUAAUCUAUCUUGUGCCACAAAAAUAUAUAUGAAAAGCUAUAUAAAGCAAGGUGUGACAGAAACCCUUAAUAUUUAAGUGUUGAUGUAUAUUGUUAAUGCUCUCUCCCCCGUUGGAUGUGACCCUUCCCCAUGUCACGUGUUGCUACACUGAUACACUUUAAAAAGCCCCUUUCAGUGUAUUCAAUUGAUGAGGCAAGAGUUUAAAUAAGGGUUUGCAAUUGCUAGGUUUUUAUAAUAGGAUUUAAAGAUUAGAAAUAGUACAAAAGUCUAUGAUGUUUCUUAGAGAAGGAGCUUGUAUAUGACAGUACUGGACAAACGUCACAGGUCUGUAGUAAAGGAGCCAGACUAAACCCUAGACAAUAGCUUGAUGGACUGUAUAUUAAGACUAGUGUUGUACGGUAUACACACAAACCUAACUGCGAUGAACUUGGAUCUUAGGACAGGAUCUUUAUUGCAUUUCAUUGUGAAAUGGUGUACAGCAGUGCUUGAGUGUGCAAAUGGAUGUUUUCAUUGUUCUUCAAGCACAUGCGGAGACCACACAGACACACACAUAAUGAAACACACACACACACACGUGCGCACACACACAAAGUUCAGUUCAGUUCCACUCAUCAUGUUAUUCUCUCGAUUUUGUGACAAAAGGUGAUGGUGCGUUUUCAGUGAGUUCUCUGAAUGCAGGUGAUUAUUGGUGAACAUUGGACACAUAUACUGACUAAUUUAAUCUGGAAGUAGAAAGAUGUAACAUGCUCCUUCAGUUUGGGAGCACAGACACACGUACACCUAUACAGACAUGUACACAUUUGGUGUUUUGCGCAUAGAGACACUAGCUAGCAUAAUUUUAAGAAAUCACAUUCACUUACACAGGUGGUGUAUUGUCCAGAAUGUUGUCAUUUUUUGUUUUAGUUGAUUAUUUCAAUGUUUAAUUAGUGAUUAUUGUUAUUAUGUUUUUGGAUUUCAAUUUAUCCUUUCCCAAAACUUCACUUCUUUCUUUUCUUCAUUUCCUAACAUUUUCUCCCCAUUUAAGAAUUUGUUUCUAACCUGCUCACUCUUGAGUUGAAUGGGAAAAAAAAAGAAAUUGCUUUCAUUUACAUGCUAAAAAUUGGCAUAAUAAUAGUAGAAUUAUAGUAAUAUGGUGUUAGUUAUUGCGUUCUAAUCAUUUUAACUAGCUUUGAUGUGUCAUAAACAGUUACCCCCAUAUCCAUAUACCACCCCAUGAUUUAUUGAGUAUAAGCAUUUGUAGCCGAACAUCACACUACCACCCCUAGCAUUUGGACAGUGCACACCAGUGCUUGGUGAUUGGAUCAUGGCCGUAAUCCUGAACGACUCGAGUCCACUUGUCCUCACUCACACAACAUCCUUCCACUAUAGCACGGUCUGUCACUUAAGCCAGUUUGAAAUAGUGAUAGUUCUAUCUUUCUGUCAGACCCCACGUCACCCUACUUGUGAUGCCGUCUAUCUAUUUACUCUUAUCUUUUCUCUGUUUCCAUUGGUAUAUCCAGGCCUGUCUUUCCUUGACUCAGUACUAUAUCCUUAACCCACUAUACUAACAGUAAGAGUAAUAUUAACAUUGAUAACCAGUCUGUAUGUAACCGUAGCCAGAACAUGGGAAAAAAAAAUGUAUUUUCAGCAGAACAAAAAUAACAUCCCUCUUUUGGUUUUUCGUUCAGUUGUGCAAAAUGCUUUUUGUUACUAUUUUGUAAAGUUAUUUACAAAUUGCUACUGUUCCUACAGUUAGUAACCAGAUACGCUUAGCAGAUAGAUAUUUUCAAAACUGUAAUGAUUGCAAUUUUUCCUUAUUUGUAUUUUGUAUGGUAUUGUUUCUGACCACUUCACCACAAUGAUGUAAUUAUCGCCCGGCUAAAUUGAGAUUCCCAUUUGUUUUGUUUCUUUAGACCAUUUGCGAACAUCUUUUUUUUUUUUUUCAGCCUUGAAUAUACUAAAAACUAUAUUCAAGCUGAACAUUGCACCCUUGCACAAAGCAGACUCUCUACAACUGAACCAAAGUGCAUACUUUUCUUAUCCAUUGAUGUCGGCCCAAAAUUAGAUACGUUUCUUUAUUUCGAAAUAUAUAUAUAUACACACAUAUAUUUACAUUUAUAUAGAGAUGUUAAAGACACAUUAUGGGUCCAUGACAAGAAACCGAAUGAAGGAAACUUGUGAUGUUUGCAUCUUUUUGGUGAGAAGUGGCCAAGUCUUGUAUCGUCCAAUUUCAUUGCUAAGAAUAAGAUGUUUUUAUUUUAUUUUUUUUGUCAUUAUCCACUUGUGUGAGUGGACACAGGUCUCGAUACAGACAAGUCCCAACAUUUGCCUCUCACUUGCUUAUCAAACAAUGCCCUCCGCUCUAAAAGCACACCUACAUUAAUGUCACACACACAUAUUCAGUGCCGUAAAACAUGCCCUAAAGUUGUGCUUAGACACACACACAUACACACUCAGUGAGUUGAGCAAUGCCCGUUCUUUUCUGUAGUUGUGUGUCUGGAGAUGUUUUUGGUGUAGCCUCACCCUAAACACCCCCCCCACCCCCAAUCCUGACUGGGUCCUAACACUGCAGGAGCAGCUUUCUGCUCUGUACCUGCCUUUUCAGAUUGUAAGCCUAAGAUGAAGUGUUGUGUUGUACAAUGACUCACCCACCCACCUUCCAGAUGUUCAUGUGGUCUUUGCCUCAUCACAGCACCCUCCUCCCCCUCCCAUGUUUAUUUUUGUUGUUGUCGUUGUUAUUAUCAUCAUUAUUUGGGCGGAUAAAUUAGCAUAUGACCCAUUUGUAGGCAACACAUUAAGUCGUCUGUAAUUUGGAAGACUGAUUCGUUCAUCUGAACUGGUGUUCUGAUGUAAGUAUCAAACUCUACCAACAAGCUUGUGUAGUGAGGAGUAAUCUCAUUGUCAUCAUUAUAAUUAUUGCUGUUAUGAUUCAGAUUGAUAUUAACAAGUCUCAUUCUUAGUGUAAAGAAAGCACCAGAUGGCUUUGGAAAGAAACUUUUUUUUUUUAUUAUUAUUAUUUGUCUUGCUGUUGUGGUCUGAUUUCACAGUGGAUGGGGAGGAAAGCCAGUAGGUUAUGAGGGAAAGAGAAAGAGAGAGUCAAAGUUGGCGGUCUUGUUUGUACGGUUGGGAAAUGACUUACAGUGCUGAAAUAAAUUUUAUUCUUUUAGUAAAA